UUUGGGCAAAGUGGCAUUCCCUGACCCCAAAGGCAUCUGGAGGCAAGUGAUUACUGGUGCGUUUCUUGCUCCCUGAAGACCAAGACCUUUGCUCACCAGAUCUGCAGUUUGGUAUAUACCGCUGUGCCCAGGCUUCUACACCACUUGGGGUCCCCUGUGCCCUUGUUGGCUUCGUGUCUCCACUCUCUAGACCUGUAAAGACCUGAGCUGGGCAUCAGCUAUGAAGAUCCUGUACCUGCUCUUCCCCUUCUUCCUCCUGUUGAUUCAGGGUGCUGCAGGUGCAUCUCUGGUUCCAGGAAAUGAAUGGAGAUGUAAGCAUGAAGGGGGAUUCUGUAGUUUUUUGACAUGCUAUCGCCCUUAUCACAUCUAUGGAAGGUGUACAAAUUUGGUAGUUUGCUGCAAAAGUGUGAGGCACAAGACCAUCUCAGAAAUAGUGAUGAAUCCCUGGACUUCCCAAGCAGAAUAUCCCCCUCGCUUCUGGCUCCUGGAACUAUCUCCUGAUGUUAUCUCUCCUCCCCGUCUCUGCCACUCGAAGGUGGUGUGACAGCAGGAAUGGAAGCGCAGCUCCUGCUGGCUUCUCAUGAUCUGGAGACAUCCUGUCAUGGGUCUGGUGGUGUUUGGGCAAAGGCUGCUUUUCCUUGGCUUCAAUAAAGACAUCUAGUUUCACAGCA